UGGUAUAGUAAAUCAAAUGAUUGCAUACAAUGUUUAUGUUAACUAAAAACAAUGUUUUUUGUGUGCAUUUCAAUCAAAAUUACAAUUCAAUCAAUUGAUUGACAUUUUUAGCGCUAAAUUGCAAAUUGCAAGCAAAAGAUUGUGUCAAAAGUGAUGAUAUAAGAAAUGGUACCAAAAGUUUAUUUUUGUCUCUUCUGUGUUAAGAAGUUAGUCAAUGAAAACGAUUUGACUAAACAUAUCAUUGAUAAACACUUUGACGGCAAUGUCGACAACAAAACUGAUGAAUGGAUCCUAUCUUUUGGUCAAUACGUGAGUCGUGUGAACCAUAGUCUCAAUCAAGAGCCACAAGAGUUGCCCCAAUCGUCGGUCGAAUGUUUGUCACAGAAAUUACUGAUUGGAUGUCUUCUUUGUGACCGAAUUGUCCAUCACUUCAAACUUGGUCUUCACAACGACUAUCCCAACCAUAAACGCAAAGACAAGUGUGUCUGUGGCGGAGGUAUAGAAGUGAACAAAGUUGUCAUCAAAUGCCAUCUCUGCCAACAACUCUUGCAUUACGAUUGUGUGGAACCGUCAAACUUCUCCGGUGAAGACACAUCACUAUACAAAUGCUACAAAUGUAAGCCCAAGGAGUAUAAGAUCGAGAAAUUGAAAGACUUUCAUCAAAGUCUACAAAGACUUCAUUUAUACCAUCACUUCUCUUAUUUGCCAAUUUUAUGUAAAGCCGUUAAAACAGUGAAUGGAAGACAACAGGUGUGCAAUGAAUCGUUUCCAUUGAAGAACUUCCUUAAGGCACACAUCAAAGCUGAUCACAAUAUCAAUCCUAGCGAUCAAGUGUUAGAAGAAAUCUAUUUAAAGAACAAUCAAAUACCAAAAUUACAAGACUUGAUUGAUAAUUGUUUGCAAUUAACUAAUGGUAACCCAUGUGUACAAAGUGUUGACACUUCAAAAUUUAAUGAAACAAAUUAUCACAAAAAUAUUACACCAAAUAAUAAGUCAAAUGGUUUGGAGGCACCCAUUCUGACAGCCGUUCAAUUAAACCCUACUUUGCCGUCAGGAUCUUCAAUAAGUCAUUCGUCGCGACUAAAUAUGAAUCAAGUGUUUAAUAAAAUUCAAAACAAAAAGAAAGUGACAAACAAUGGCAUUAAUCACCGCAAUAGUUGCAGUUCUGGUCAGUCCAAUGUUUUAGACACUCCACCAGUUCUCGUUAGUGAAUCAUCAGUUCCUCGCCAACAAACCAUUCCCGUCAAACGUCCCAGAGGUCGACCACCAAAAUCUCAGAGCAAAGCCGGAAAUAAUUGUACGCCUCGUAAUGUAUCGGUUAAACCACAUAUUACUCCAAACAGUGAUUACGCUGACAGAAAUCCAAUGCCACGUAACAGACUGUCGGCACAGUCGAGAGCUUCGCGACCCAACAUUAGGUUAAGUCGUGAACAGGAAAAAGCUCUUAAAGAGAAACAAAAACGAAAUUUUAAUGAAGAAAGUGAUAGUUGGGACUCAGAUGUUGAACGAUUUGAGCGACCAAAACGUGUCCGAACUUCAAAUAAAAUAAGUCCAGUAAACAAUGCGUUUAACAAUGUGGUCAACAAUGCGGUUAACAAUGCGGUUAACAAUGUGGUCAACAAUGCGGUUAACAAUGUGGUCAACAAUGUUAGUAAUCGACAAACCAAUGAUCUCAAUAAUAAAAGAAGUCCUAACUUACAGACAACAGGACGGCCCCGAUCUCAGACACCUCUAGAAAGUAAUACAACUGAAAGUAGCGCUAACUCACCACUCAAAACAUUACCGACUCGUCCGCGACUUUCGACGCAAAUAACACGCAUUUUGGAUACUGAAUCGGACCAAAACCACAAUAACCAAAAUGGGAUGUCUAGUCAAGUAAAUGGUAUGAAUAAUAUACAAACAUCUGAUCCCGAAGUACGUCAUUUUCAUCACAUUAGUCGCUCAGAUUGGUUAUUACGCAAAAAACCUGCCAAAUAUCCAUACUUUCCCCAAUUGGGUGAUGAAGUGGUAUAUAUACCGCUGGGUCAUCGGUCUUACAUUGACGCCGUCAGAGUUAAUCAACACUACAUUCAGACAAAUACUAAUAAGUUUGUGAACACAAAUGACUGUAUUUUUGCAAAAGUUAAAGAAAUCAAAUUUGAAAAACACAAGGAUAUCACUGUUUCAAAGUUAACAUUGAUUUGUUUGGAUAAUACAAAUAAUGAAACAAAACAACAAUUUACAGUCAAAUUUCAUGACAUCGACAAUGUGAUAGAUUUUAUUAUAUUGAAACAAAUGUAUGACAAUAGUAUUAAAAUUGAAUGGAAAGUCGGAGAUCAGUUUCGGGCCAUUGUUGAAGACAAGUACUGGUUUGGAACAAUUGCCAACUUUGUGCUCAAUGCCAACAACGAAAUGUCAUACUUUCAGUCUAUAGGCGUCAAGUGGGCCAACGAUUCACAUGAAUUGUUAAGUUUUUGGGAUUUGGAGAAAAUUAGAGGAAAAAUGCCAUUAAAUAGAAGAAAUUCUGUUGAAGUAACAGAUGAAGACAGACAUCUGUUUUAUCGAUCAAAUGUAAAGGAAUGGCCCGUUAGAGGAAUGGCUUAUGAAUGUAAUCGUAUUUCUAAUGGUUUGCGUGAAAUCAUGGCUUUACCUGAAUGCCAACAAAUGUCAAAAAUGAUAAACUCUUCAAAACAUGAUUAUGUUAAAAACACUGCUUAUCCCAUAACAAUUGAUAUAAUCAAAUCCCGUGUCGACAAUCAUUUUUAUAGACGUCAGGCGGCCAUCAAAUGUGAUAUUAAAUAUAUUUUCACGAAUGCCUGUUCUCUCAAUACCGACAAAAAUCAUAAUCUCGUAAAACAUGCUUUAGUUGUGACAUACGUUUGCUUACUAUUUAUCGAUAAUCCGAAUGCCAUUAAUAUUAAACUAUUUUACGACAGAGCCUUAGUUGAGCCAAUCAAUAACGAAACUGUUAGGUCUUACUCUUGUCACAUGAACUCAAUGAACAAUAGUCAAAAUGAAAGAAACAAUCCAUCAAAUGUAGUGAUAGAUCACAAACAGACCAUUAAUCAUACAAAUGAUGAGGAAAUCAUUUUACUCAGUUCUGAUGAAGAAGAAGAAGAAGAAGAAGAAGAAGAAGARGUAGAUCACAAUAAAAGAAGUUCUCCAUUGAAUUCAAGACAAAUAAAACAGGAAAAGAUUGACGAAAGAGAAAGAAGUAUGUCUUCGUCUUCCGUCUUAAGGCGUCUGCCGAAUGCAAACAACUUUACUCCAACACAGUCAAAUCAAGUGAGUCGUCCAUAUUUUUGUGUCCUAAGCAAAGAACUGAACACAUUUGCCGAUCGCAACGAAGCCAUUGAUCACUACUGUAACAAACUUAAGGUUAAACUAAAAUGCAGUUUAUGUCCACAGAAUCUCAAGUUUGAAUCAUUAGAACAGUUCAUUGGCCACAAUCGCGAUCACAUUAACUCAAUGCAGCCAUCAUUUGAUCAGAAAUCAUAUGUAGAUCACAUUAAUUGGAUUAAACAAAUGGUUACUUAUAGUGAAAUGUUGACAAAUGAAAUGACUAUUUAUAGAGAGAUAAACACAUUAUAUGGUGACUACUGUCCCGUCUGUAAUAAACUGAAUUACAUGACUCAAGACGUGAAUCCAUUUUACAAUCACAAAGUGUUUAGUAUUAAUAGAAAGAAUUUGGGCAUUGAUUGUGACAGAAGCUCGAAGUCUAGGUUUGAAGAUCACGUCAAAGAGCACCUCAGAUAUACAUCACAACAAACUAAGAUUGAAUCCAUUGAACGACUCAUCAAAGAUUCUGUAAAUCUUUAUGUUAUCUAUUGUAUGAAUAUUUGA